AUGGUAAAGAUUACUGAGACUGAACCCCCGACCAACAACUCCACUACGGGCACCACCACAGGCACCAGCACAGGCUCCACCACAGGCACCACCACAGGCUCCACCACAGGCUCCACCACAGGCUCCACCACAGGCACCACCACAGGCAGCCCAUCAACACCCUCCCGCUCCCUCAGCUCCCUCUCAAGUUGUUGUCCCUCAAACAGCAGCAGCCGCAGCCACAGUCUUCAAAGAAGAGAUUGUCAGACCGAGAACCAACAAAGAACCCUUGUACCCAGACCUCUGAUCCAGAAGGCUGCUGAGAUGGAGAUUCCCUCCAGUUCAGAGGAAGAAGAGGAAAAGGAGGUUGAGGGGGGAGUUCUCUCCCCCAUCUCCCCUCUAAAGCCCUCCAACACCAGUGAGACGGCAGACUUCGUCACUCCCAUGGACAAGGAGGAAAACCAGAGCCAAGCCUGA